UUCUGGGUGUCCCCGGGUUGGCCUGGCUAUAGAGCUGCAAAGAAACUGGGUGUCUUGCUCUGUUGGGGUUGAGAGCCCAAGGGAGUUGCAAAAUGACUCGAGGCCCUCACAGGCGUUUGGAAUUUAAAUAAGCAAACAAAGUAAUAAGUAGAACCUAAUGUCCCUUAAAAAGCAUUACCGUUUAGGAGAGGAAUAUAGCCUGAGGAUAAAUCAUGCUGGUGAUGCAGCAAGUCUUUUAUGCUGCAAAAAGUCUGAACCCCAGAAGACCUUCCUCUUAAUUUUAAAUGAUAUUUGGUUUCCUCUUUAGGCUAAAGUUUUGUAUUGCUCCUGCCAUUUACUAUCAAGAUGUAAGUGAUUCUGGAGCAGGUUUAAUUUUAACUUGUUACUUGAAGACAAUUCCAACCUUCUCCCCCGCCCCCAACCACUACCAUAUAAGCAAGCAGAAAUUGCUAUCUGACCUUCCUGUUUACUCACUCUUUCCCUGGAGGGAGGUGGAGUAGGGGACUGAUUCACCCCUACUGGUUCAGCCUGAGUUUGAGGUUCAAAGGUGUGUUUCAGCAGAGGGGGUCCCAGAACCAGGUCUCUGAGCUUGUAUUAAUAUACUGCCACUCUAUCUUCCCAGAAAACCUCUCCUAACCUCUCCAUGGGGCUGCUCCUAUCACUGGGGUUAUCUCUUUUGUCUCCAUGGUCACACAGCAGGCUCUGGCAGCUGCUCAAGGCAGGCUUGCUACAGCUACCUUACCUCUGGAUGACCCACAGUGAAAGGAGAAGGAAUCAAGAGUAGGUGGGAAUGAAAAUAUUUGACUCCUGCUAUGUGCAAAGGACUGAACUGCCUAAGUUCAUAUUCCCUGUGAAAAAGGGAGGGUGUGUGGGCUACAGGGUUCUCAGAUACCUCCUGGCCACAGGGAGUAUGUUCUGAGCAGACUGCCUAGGGCCAGAGAGAGACCAUUGACCACUCAACCCUUUACCAGCGUGUCCACUCACAGGAAGGAACGGACAACAGUCAAAUGAGAGCCUUUGCCUGUUCUUACUACCUCUCUAUUCUAAGUGUUUUUCAGGAUCCAGGAUGCCACGAUGCUCUUCUUGAGCUGACUACUAAGCCUGUGUAGACACAGCCCUUCCUUCCUGAGCCUCUGCUGUGCUUCUUGCCAAGAUGAAGUGUGUCUUGGUGGCCACAGAAGGUGCGGAAGUCCUCUUCUACUGGACUGAUAAGGAGUUUGAAGAAAAUCUACAGCUCAAGUUUGGGCAGUCAGAAAAUGGAGAACUUCCAGCCAUAGAAGACCAGCUCAGCACACUCCUAGCUCCAGUCAUCAUCUCCUCCACAACCAUGCUGGAGAAGCUCUCAGACACAUACACCUGCUUCUCCACUGAAAAUGGUAGCUACCUAUAUGCCCUCCACCUGUUUGAAGAGUGCCUGUUCAUUGCCAUCAAUGGGGACCACACUGAGAACGAGCGGGACCUGCGCCGGAAGCUGUGUGUGCUCAAGUGCCUUUUCGAGGUGCACUUUGGGUGGGUUACCAUGGAUGGCCAGCUCUUCCGAAAAGAGCUGCGGCCCCCAGACCUGGAGCAGCGCAUGCAGGUGUGGGAGCGUUUUCAGAGCCUGCUAUGCACCUAUGGCCGCCUGCGGGAGCAGGAGCAGUGCUUCGCUGUGGAGGCUGUGGAGCGGCUGAUCCACCCCCAGCUCUGUGAGCUGUGCAUAGAGGCCCUGGAGCGGCAUGUCAUCCAGGCGGUUAAUGCCUGCCCCCAGCGGGCAGGCGAGGAGGCCAUCCAUGCCUUCCUGCUGGUGCACUCCAAGCUACUGGCUUUCUACUCCAGCCACAACGCCAGCACCCUGUGCCCAGCCGACCUCCUCACCCUCAUCCUCCUGGUUCAGGACCUCUGCCUCAGCGGGAGCACCCUAGAGGACACCACCACGCAGGAGACAGACAGCAUCUCCCUCCCUGAGGAGUACUUCACACCAGCUGCUUCUCCUGGCAAGGAGAGUUCAGCCCACACUCAGGUGCCCUGUGAGCUGCUGGUGGGAAAAGAACCAUCUCCUUUCAGACACAUGUUCCUCUCACUCACGUCCUUUCAAUGCCCUGGGCCUGCAGGUAGCGCCUUCUGGCUGGAAGGAGGCACCCCGCCCAGCGACACUUCCUUUGUUCAGGUCGCUGAGGACACCCUGCAGACGCUACUCCCUUGCUCCCCAGCACCUUCCAGCCCCAGAAGGAUCUUCCUGGGUGGCAGCGUGAAGGACAGCUACUACCCCCUGAUGCCCCACACCAUGUACUGCCUGCCCCUGUGGCCUGGCAUCAACAUGGUGCUGCUGACCAAGAGCCCCAGUUCGCCUUUGGCCCUGGUCCUGUACCAGCUGCUGGAUGGGUUCUCCCGGCUGGAGAAGAAGCUCAAGGAGGGGCUGGAGGUGGGCAGCAGCCUGCGGUCCCACCCCCUCAUGGGGAACCUGCGCCAGAGGAUGGACAAGUUUGUGAAGAGCCAAGGCAAGCAGGAGAUCCAGAGAAGCUGGCUGGAGUUCAAGAACAAGGUCUUCUCCAGGAAUGAGCCAAGAUCAUCCUCAGAGUUGCUGCAGGCGUGCAGGAAGGUGAAGCAGCAUCUCUGUGCCAUCUACCAGCUGAACUUCCUGAGCUCAGAUCCAGGCCGCGGUGGCCCCCAGCUGCCUCUCCACCUGCAGGACCAGGUCCAGAUGCUCAUGCAAAAAAAACUGAUGUACUGGAAGGACUUUCUGCUGGUGAAGAGCAGGAGGAAUGUCACCAUGGUGUCCUACCUAGAGGACUUCCCAGGGCUGGUGCACUUCAUCUACGUGAACCGCACGACUGGCCAGAUGGUGGCCCCCUCCCUCAGCAGCAGCGAGAGUGCUUCCUCAGAGCUGGGCAAAGGGCCCCUGGCCGCCUUCGUCAAGACCAAGGUCUGGUCGCUGGUCCAGCUGGCACGCAGAUACCUGCAGAAGGGCUACACCACGCUGCUGUUCCGGGAAGGAGACUUCUACUGCUCCUACUUCCUGUGGUUCGAGAAUGAGAUGGGCCACAAACUCAAGAUCAUCGAGGUGCCUGUCCUGUCUGACGACUCGGCUCCUGUUGGCAUCCUGGGGGGAGACUACUACAGGGAACUCCUGUACUACUGCAGCACAGGCCACUCCACAGAGAUCGUCACGUGCCACGAGCUGCUGACCCUUCACCUGUCGGUCGUCCCCACAGAUGUGCUGGUGCAGCAGGCUGGGGAGCUGGCCCAGCGCCUGCAGGAGAACUCCCACAUCCCCAUGAUCUAGGUCACCUCUCCCCCUCUCCCAGCCCUGCGGUCUGCCUCUGCACCCAGUUCUCCAGACCCAUGCUGGUUCACAGACAUCCCCAGAGCAAGAGCCUCUUGCCUUCCAAAGAACCAACUCCGGGUGACUCAGUCCUCCGGACUUCUUAAUGCCACCGAGAGCAGCCUCCACGCCAGGCAACGAACAGCCCAGCCCACUGGAGCUGGGGGUUUUGCUGCUCUUAUGUAACUGUGGCUGUGAGGCCAGAAUGGUGGCAGCCCCUUUCAGAGCUGUCUCUUCAUUUGUCCCCGAGAUGCAGGGACGAGUUCCCUGGGGCUUGUUCUCAGAGUAAAGAUAGGGCCCUGUCAUGAGUGGAAGGUGCACCAUUGGCUGGGUUUGCCCCCUGGCUCUGGGUAGGCUCCCUGAGCUCCAGACUUGCCUCCCUCCCAGAGACUCCCUGCCUCUCAGAGUGAACAUGGGGGCUCU